GGGCGGGGGGGCCGGGCCGUUGUUCCUGGUAUCCCCGGACUCCUGCCGGGGCCAGAGCGGCGGGACCGCAGCGGGCGGGGCCGGCGCUCCCGGUGCUGCCAGGGCCAUGGUGGGCGCUGUCCGGCUCUGGCCGCUCUGGCUGUGGUUGCUGCCCGCCGCCGCCUUCAACCUGGACACGGGCAGCGCCGUGCUCAAGGACGGUGCCAGCGGCAGCUUCUUCGGCUUCGCCGUGGCGCUGCACCGGCAGCUGAGCCCCGAACCCGCGGGUUGGCUGCUGGUGGGGGCCCCACAGGCACCAGCGCUGCCCAGCCAAGGUGCCAACCGCACCGGGGGGCUCUUUGCCUGCCCCCUGACCCUGGAGCCCUCCGACUGCUGGCGGGUGCCCAUUGAUGAUGGAGUGGACCUGGAGCGGGAGAGCAAAGAGAACCAGUGGCUGGGGGUGAGCGUGUCAAGCCAGGGCGCCGGCGGGAAGAUUGUGACCUGCGCGCACCUGUAUGAGGCACGGCACCGCGUGCGGCAGCCGCUGGAGACCCGGGACGUGCUCGGCCGCUGCUUCGUGCUGGGCCAGGACCUGCGGGACGAGCCUGAGGGCGGUGACUGGAGCUUCUGCCGGGGGCGGCCGCAGGGCCACGAGCAGUUCGGGUCCUGCCAGCAGGGCCUGGCCGCGGCGUUCAGCCCCGACCGCCUCUACCUCCUGCUGGGAGCACCCGGCACCUACAACUGGAAGGGGACCCUGCGCGUGGAGCUGCUGCCUCAGAGUCCCCCGGACCCGCUGCGCUUCGACGACGGCCCCUACGAGGCGGGGGGGGAGAAGGAGCAGGACCCCACGCUCAUUCCUGUGCCCGCCAACAGUUACCUGGGGCUACUCUUCGCGACCGGCGUCGGCGGCUCCGAGCCCGACCAAGUGGUCUACAGGAGCGCGGCGCCCGGCGAGACCGUGCCCGGCGCUGCCGCGGACCUGCCCCACAAUAGCUACGUGGGGUUCUCGGUAGCGUCGGGGGCGGGGCUGACGCGGCGGCGGGAGCUGAGCUUCGUCACCGGCGCCCCCCGUGCCAACCACACCGGAGCCGUCGUCAUCCUGCGCCGCGACAGCGCGAACCGGCUGGUGCCCGAGGCCGUGGUGCCGGGGCAGCAGCUCAGCUCCGCCUUCGGGCACAGCGUGGCCGUGCUGGACCUCAACAGCGACGGGUGGCUGGACCUGGCGGUGGGGGCCCCCCACUUCUUCGAGCGCCAGAAGGAGAUCGGGGGCGCAGUCUACGUCUACAUCAACCCCGCGGGGCGCUGGGACGCCGCCACACCCGUGCGCCUCAACGGCACCCGCGGCUCCAUGUUCGGCAUCGCCCUCAGCACCGCCGGGGACCUCAACCACGACGGCUUCGAGGACCUGGCCGUUGGAGCCCCCUUCGACGGCGCCGGCAAAGUCUACAUUUACCACGGCAGCAGCCUGGGCAUUGCGGCCACACCGGCACAGGUGCUGGAUGGGGAGGCUGUGGGGGUGACAGCAUUCGGGUACUCGCUCUCGGGGGGGCUGGAUGUGGAUGGGAACCUCUACCCCGACCUGCUUGUGGGAUCCCUCUCGGACACUGUGGUGCUGUACAGAGCCCGCCCCGUCGCCCACGUCUCCCGCAAUGUGACACUGGACCCUCCCAACAUCGACCUAGAGCAGAGCAACUGCCGGCACCAGGAGGGCGUCUGCGUGGACGUCAGCGCCUGCUUCAGCUAUACAGCCACUCCCGGCAGCUUCGGCCCCCGCCUCGCGCUGCAGUACGUGUUGGAGGCGGACGCGGAGCGGCGGCGCCUCGGCCACACUCCCCGCGGUGUCUUCCUGAGCCGCCGCAGCUCGGACCCUGAGCACCAGUUCUCCGGCAUCGUGGAGCUGCCGCGGCAGCAGGCGCGGGUCUGCGUCACUGCCACCUUCCAGCUCCAGGACAACAUCCGUGACAAGCUGCGCCCCAUCACCAUGACCCUGGCUUAUGGCAUCCAUGGAGGUGGGGCCACGCGUCUGCACCAGGAUUCAGCGCGGCUCCGCCGGGCCUCAGUCCUGCCACCACUGUCACCUGUGCUAAGCCCACAGCAGCCCAACAGCCACCGCACUGAGGUUCACUUCCUGAAGCAGGGCUGUGGGGAUGACAAGAUCUGCCAGAGCAACCUCCAGCUCCACUUCCAGUUCUGCGCCCGCCUUGGGGAUGCUGAGUUCCUGCCACUGCCGUGGGGGGACGAUGGUGCCGCCAUCCUCGCCAUCAGCGACCAGAAGGACGUGGCCCUGGAGAUCCACGUCACCAAUGAGCCCUCGGAGCCAGCAGAGCCGCAGCGGGAUGGGGACGACGCACACGAGGCGCUGCUCAGCGCCUCCUUCCCCCCCGAGCUGCCCUACUCUGCCCUGCGCCAUGAUGAGGGGCAGCCCACGGAGAAGCCGGUGCUGUGUCUCGCCAACCAGAACGGCUCCCGUGUGGAAUGUGAGCUGGGGAACCCCCUGCGGCGCGGGGCCGAGGUCCGGUUCUUCCUCAUCCUCAGCACCUCAGGCAUCACGCUCCAGACCACAGACCUGGCGGUGGAGCUGGUGCUGUCCACCAUCAGCGAGCAGCCAGGGCUGGUGCCAGUGGUGGCUCGUGCACGCGUGGUCAUCGAGCUGCCACUCUCAGUGACCGGCGUGGCGGUGCCCCCACGGCUCUUCUUUGGCGGCACCGUGCGGGGGGAGAGUGCCGUAAAGCACGAGAGCCAAGUGGGCAGCGCCGUGCGCUUCGAGGUGACGGUCUCCAACCGGGGCCAGUCGGUGAAGACGCUGGGCUCAGCCUUCCUGACGCUGCUCUGGCCCCAUGAGCUCCCCAACGGGAAGUGGCUCCUGUACCCGCUGCACAUGGAGUUGGUGGUGGCCCCGGGGCAGGGGCUGCCCUGCAGCCCUGCCGCCAACCCCCUGCGCCUGGCGCUGGAGCCCCAGGGGCAGCCAGAGCAGUCCACGCCAGGGGCCUGGUGGGUGCCAGCAGCCGCCGAGAGGAGGAGGAAUGUCACGUUGGACUGUGCCCAGGGCACCGCACGCUGCCGGCCAUUCCGCUGCCCAUUGCCCAGCUUUGAGCGCGCGGCCAUGCUGAGCGCCCGUGGCCGCCUCUGGAACGGCACCUUCCUGGAGGAGUUCCUGGCUGUCACCUCGGUGGAGCUCAUCAUCCGCGCAAGCGUCUCGGUGACCUCCUCCAUCAAGAACCUGGUGCUGAGGGAUGCGUCGGUGAAGAUCCCCGUCAGCAUCUACCUGGACCCCAGCGCGGCAGUGGCGGGCGGCGUGCCCUGGUGGGUGAUCCUGCUGGCGGUGCUGGCCGGUGUCUUCCUCCUGGCGCUGCUUGUGGCCGGGCUCUGGAAGGCCGGGUUCUUCCGCCGGGCGCGGGCGGUGCCACCGGCGCUGCCGCAGCACCACGCGGUGAAGAUCCCACGGGAGCAACGGCCACAGUUCCGCGAGGAGAAGACGGGGACGAUCCAGCGCAAGGAAUGGGCAGCGCUGAGCGACGGCGGUGAUGGCCGCGUCACCCCCAGCUCCGCGUGACCC